GUGAGCGCUUACGUCUGCCGUCUGCUGCCGUGUUAGAUCUCGGGCGGCAUGUCGUCGACAUCUACACCCAAACAGAGUUUUGUCUCCAACUUAACCUCAUGCGACGGAAAUGCAGUAAAUGGAGCGCAGGGGCCGGUUUUAGCAGAUAAAGUAGCCCAGAUUAGUAGUGCCUUGUCAGACAUGGAAGAAGCUGAUACCAACAAGACAAAAGUGUCAGACUCUGCAUAUUCAACAAGCUGUAAUAGUAGAUCACAAAGAAGCAGUGGCAGCUCAAAAUCUCGAAACAGUGGAUCUAGUAAUAGCAGUGGCUAUGGAGGACAUGCUUCAACGUUGGGGAGUGUCACCGAGUUCACACAACCCCCCUCGAAGAGAAGCAAAGAUAAGAAAAAGAAAGGGUCAAGGAGUAGCUCAUCUUUACCAGCCCCAACAAUUGAAAGAUUGAAGGAAGAUGAGGAGGCAUCUAGCAGUACUAAAGCACCAGAAAUUCCUCCUCAAGAGGAGGAAUCUGACAAAAAUGGGAACGCCUCUGGUCUGGGGCUGGGACCUGAGCUGGUAUUUCAUGGCAUUGCAUCUCCCCAUGACAAUGAAGCACUGCAGAUGGCAGCUAUCAACCAGACUCUCAGCUUUAUCAAACAACUUAAGAGUUCAACUGAGGAGUUGAACAUUCCCACAGAAACAGUUGAAGAAAGAGCUGAGCAACCAGAGGCACCUUCAACAACAUUCACACCUGUACCAGAGAAAACCAGCCGCACUAAGGAAGAAUUUACUGUGAUAAUUUCAAUGACUGAUGGCAUUGUUAAGCAUACCUCAAGUGGAAUUUUAGAUGUUCUUGGAUUUCCUCAUGAUAUGUGGGUUGGGCGUUCCAUUACUGACUUUGUUCAAGUGAAAGAUCGAGCUGCCUUUGCAUCACACAUCACAUCAGGAGUGGCAAGUCCACUUACGCAAGUAGAUAAAGCAGACUGUGGACGAAGGUCACCAUUUUUCUGUAGCCUCCGUUGCUACAGAGGUUUAAAGAAAUGUGGGUUUGGCGUCAAGGAUAAAUCAGUUCAUUACAGACCGUGCCAGCUCAUGCUUGCUUUUAGAGAGCACUCUAAUGGCUUUCCUCUGACAGAAGAAGGAACUUUUGACAGGAAUGAUGCAGGUUCAUCUAGCAACAGUGCAGGGCGAGAACAACCUCGCAUAUACUUAGUUGUAACUGUCAAUCCAAUCAGCUCUGCUUACAAAUAUGCUGAUGAAACUCAAAUUCUUCCCAAGUUUGGCACACGCCUCUUGGCAUCUACUCAUCUUAGUGAUGUAGAUCCAGAAUGUGUGCCAUACCUUGGCUUUUUACCUCAAGACAUGCUUGGACGUUCAGUCCUUGAAUUCUAUCACCCUGAAGAUAUGCCUUUCAUGAAGGAUGUGUAUGAAGCAGUUUUGAACAAAUCCCUCAUAGUUAUCAAAGAACAAGGAUCACCAUUUUUAAGCAAACCAUAUCGAUUCCGGACACAGAACGGUGGUUAUGUUUUGCUGGAAACAGAAUGGUCGAGCUUUAGUAAUCCUUGGUCAAGGAAGCUGGAAUUUAUCAUAGCACAACAUCGAGUUUUAAAGGGUCCACCAAAUCCUGAUGUAUUUGCAGCUCCUCCGGAAGGAGAUACCUCAGUACAAAUGUCAGAGGAAGUUAUAAAAGAGAGUAAAGUAAUUCAGGAAGAGAUUCAAAACAUGUUAAAUGAGGCUAUGACAAGCACCACUGACAAUUCCAAAAAACGGAAUCUGUCCAGACAUUGCAAAGUGCUCGCUUCAUUUAUGGAUUCAAUGAUGGAGGAGAAUAAAAAAUCAGAUUUACGCUUAGAAGUGCCUCCAGAAGAACAAAGCUUUUCAGAACGAGAUUCAGUCAUGUUGGGAGAAAUUUCUCCUCACCAUGAAUAUUACGACAGCAAAUCAUCCUCUGAAACACCACCUAGUUAUAACCAGCUGAACUACAAUGACAACAUACAGAGGUUUUUCGAGAGCAAACCAAAGACAACAAGGUCAGACGAAUCAAAUAAAGAGAAACCUGGAUCACCAGGAAAAAAUUCACCAGAACAAGACUCUAGCCUUGGCUCUGGAGACAGUGGAAGUGGUGGAGGAAGUGGAGAAACAACUGGAAGCCAUGACAGUGCCACAUCAUCAUCCCACAACUCUUACCUUCAACCAAUGCUUACAGAAGCUCUUCUUACAAGGCAUAAUGAGAAUAUGGAAAAGCGCCUUGUUCAAAGGCAUCGGGAACAAAGAAGUAAAGGAGACAAACGUGACAAGUACCAUAAAACAGUGCCUGGACCUCAUGGACCACAUGGUGUGAAACGCAUAGGAUCACAGUCUUGGGAGAAUGACUCAUUUAAGGGAAGUAAGCACUUGCAUGUGGAAAACCAAGGUACAGCCCAACCAGGCCAACUCUCCAAUGCUGGACCUUCAGUGCCGGUAACUGAUGCUAUUGUAACAAGUAUCCCUACCGUUGUUGUAACAAGUUGUGCAACUACAACAACUGGAAAUACCUCUACUACUACGGUACCACCCCCACUUACUACAAGCAUUCCAUCCAUUUAUCAGAACUCCUCAAGUUCAGUAUGGCCUCCUUUCUCAGUAACAGUUACACCUCUUCCAUCUUCACAGGUUGUUACACCUUUUAGUUCUUACCCACUAGUUGGGCCAGGCCCUGCUCAUAUGAUGCCAAUGUACUACAUGGGCUUAGGGCCUCAAGAACAUCCAGGCUCACCUCAUCUAGGCCCUCGUAACCCUUUUCUUCCACCACCAGCAUACAUACCUACUGGGCCGAGUCCCCACCUUCAACUAGUUUACCAGCAUCUCCCACAGUCUCUCCUAUAUUCCCCGAUUUCCAUGCUUCAACCUGCACCUACUAUGCUGCCUACAUCCCUGUUCCCACCUGGCGCAUGCCUGCCAACUGAGCCUACGCAGUCCAAUCAGAUGCAAACCCAAGCUCAAGCCUCAACUCGCUCUGUUGUGGGACAACCAUCCCAACUCGGUCAACAGCCUCAACCGUUACAGCCAAACCAACAGCAGCAGUCACAGCAACAACUACAACAGCAGCAGCCGACCCUACAACAACAAAGUCAGCAGCCCCCAAAGCCCACCAACACAGAGUAUACGUUAUUUCAGAGCGGGAGCUGCGACAUGCAAUGUAAGUUUCAGCGUCCUCCUUCACAGGCCACCUCAGUUAAGGCAGAGCCAGGAUCAGCACUUGGCAGUGUUGCAUCUGCUUCUCGACGGGCUUUGUCAGUUUCCUCUAACAAAAAUAAAUCUAUCUCAAUAUGUGACAAUUUAAGUCCGGAUGAAGAUAAGACUAUGGAGGAUAGUAAUCAGUGCAGUGAACAGCGUGGUGAUGAAGGUAGCUACUAUUCAUCUCUGUGCUCAUAUUUAUGUACUGACAACUCUGAUGCAAGUAUGAGAAGUUGUAAAGAUGCCCGACAUGAAGAAGGGUGCAGUUGUUGGUCACAAAAUGACAGUAUAAGCAAUGAUAGUAAUGCAUUAUCUAGGCCAAGACCAGUGAGAUCUGGCCCUCCACCCUGGAUGAAAGAUGUUUCAAUGACUCAAGAUGUUAUAUUUGGCUAUCAGCUGGACAAGAAGGAGUUAAACGACGUGCUCAACUCAGACUUGGUUGCACUUUCUAACAUUGAGCAGCCAUCUCUCGUGAAUGAGCAACUUAAUCAGCUUUACCAAGAUCUUACCAUUGAGGGAGCACCAGGCUGCUUAGCACUUGAAGAAGGGAUUACCACUUCAAGUGGAAGCAGUAGUGAAGACCAAUCAACUUCUGAACAAAUUAUCAAGACCAAAAAAAAGCGCCGUUCCAUGGAAUAUGGGCGGUUGAUUAUGAUAUUUGAAGAAGAUGCCCCUAUGCCACCUCCCAUGACUCCAGUUGCUACCACAGUCACUUGAUAUACUAUAACUAUAGGACAGUGCCAUGGAGUAGUGACAGUGCCUUUUCAUUCACCAGAUGUGUCUUCACCCUCUGCCUGAAGAGCUAAAGAGUACAACAGGCUUUAUUCGCAUAAAAUUAAUUUAUGUAUUGUAUUUAAAUUUUGAGCCACUAUGAAUGAAUAUUCUUAAAUAAAUUGUGACUUCUGUUAAGUGUGACUUCUGUAAAGUAUGACUUCUGUAAAUUAUAUGACUUUUGUAAAUUAUGACUUGUGUCAAAGGUACCUAAUACUUUAUUGCCGUAACUUAAAUGAUAGAGAGAAAUAUGAUCUACUAGCUAAAUGAGUAUGAAUUUUAAGUGUAGUCAGCUGAUGCAAACUUGUAUGAACUUUCAGAGAUCUGUAUUUGUUAACACAUUUUGUACUUUUCAUUUUGUAUCUAAGAUUUUAUUGACAAUUGCAAGUGGAUUUUGUGAAGGUUGAUGUACUGCUUGUUGAAUUUUGUGAUUUUAAUAUUUAUUUUGUGAAGCUGUAGUAAGUUUGUCCAGAUUUGGCAAGUAUAUAAAUUUUGCUCAUUCCACUUUGUCACAAGGUUGACUAGCCCAGAGAACAGUCCAAAAAAUGUUACCCAAUUUUUUGAAGUUUUUAAAACUUUUUUCUGUCCCCCGGAUAGGCCUCCCAAACAGUAGUGUAUUUCCCACCAACCAAUUUGUUACAUUUGUACAUUCAAAGAAGUCUAUGUUAGUUUUGUUAUCAGUAUUUGUGUUUUAUUUCAUGUUAAAUGUGUGUUAAGUAUAAAGGAAUGUGACAUGUUGUUUGUGUGUGACGUACAAG